AUGGCCGAAGACAACCUGAAAACAACACUGUAUGUUGGAGACCUCAGUGCUUCAGUUACAGAGGAACAGUUACAUUUUUGGUUUUCUUUCCGCAGUGAUAUAAAAUCAAUGGUUAUUUAUAAAAGAUCAAGUCUAUUUGCAUUUAUAGACUAUUAUGACCAUGAAGGGGCAGCUUCAACUCUGGCUGCGUUGAAUGGAACAAUACUGCUAGGGAGAAAAAUGAAGGUGGAGUGGGCCAGUGACAAUGCCCGUCGAAAAGACUAUGUUAUAUUUGUCGGAGAUCUGUGCUCAACAAUCGAUGCUGUUAAGUUGGGAGAAGCGUUUGCUACGUUUGGUGAAAUCUCGGAUGGUAGAAUAAUAGUGGACCUUGAAACACUCAAGUCAAGGUACUAUGGGUUUGUCUACUUUAUUGAAAAAGCAGAUGCUCAAAAAGCUAUUACUGAAAUGAACGGCCAGUGUUUAGGAAGUAUUGUGUUUUAUUCUUUUUAA